CUCUCGGUGUGUUCGUUCGGAAGGCGAGGAGGAUCUCCAAAACUUCUCUUCGCCGAUUCCGCUAUUCCUUUCUUUCUCGUUGGAGCAACUCCGACGGCGAGGGACCGAUUGAGUCUCAUGGAUACACAUGAUGACGGUGUCUGAAUCUGUUCAUACUUGAUUGGGGGUUUCCUAAUAUUUUCCUCUGUUUCUUACUUUUUUUGACUAGGGAAAGUGAGUAAUUUCACUGGCGCUAGGGAAAAAGAAAGAAAGAAAGAAAGAAAGAAAGAAAGGAUGCGCCUGUAUCGCGGGAGUGGGAUGCUCCAGAAGACUGUGGGCGUGAGUUUUGUGAUAUGGGUCGUGUUGAUGGAGCCAUGUGCGGCUGGGGUUGCGAACGGGAAGCUCAAGUCGGCCACUUUCUUGUCGCCCAAGUUCGUGCUGGGACCCGGUUCCGUGGAGAACAAGCACUACUACGACAUCGAUUUCCCCAGAGGCCAUAUUGCCCUCAAGAGUUUCGAUGCUGAAGUCGUCGACGAGGAUGGCAUCCCCGUCCCUCUUCACCAUACUUAUCUCCACCACUGGGUCGUUGCCAGAUACUACUCCCGCCUUCGCCAUCCCCAAUCCCCAGCUGACUAUGUGAUGGUCAGGAACUCUGGAAUAUGCCAGGGGAAUUCCGUUGGACAAUACUUCGGCCUGGGUUCGGAAACACGCAAGACCGCCACAUUUGUUCCCGAUCCUUAUGGAAUCGAAAUCGGUAAUCCCGUUGACAUCCCUGCUGGGUUCGAGGAGAAGUGGUUGCUCAAUGUCCACGCUAUCGACACGCGUGGCGUGGAGGAUCGCUUGGGCUGCACCGAGUGCCGGUGUGAUCUCUACAACGUCACUCAAGAUGAGUAUGGCAGGCCUCUCAGGCCUGACUACAGAGGCGGUUUGUAUUGCUGCUAUGACCAGACACAGUGCAGGCUCAGACCGGGCUUUCAAGGCCCUCGUAGAAGCCUCUACCUGAGGUACACCGUGGUCUGGUUCGACUGGGAUACAUCCAUCCUCCCUGUCGACAUUUACAUACUCGAUGUCACUGAUACCUGGACUGCCCUUGAUAAUUCAUCCGAACAAGGUGCACAACAUCAUUGCCAAGUUGAAUACGAAGUAGAGUCUUGCAAUCAAGCUACUGAAGCUGAUGACCCAUGCAUCGACAGCAAAAGGACAAGCCUUGCCCUGCCUACUGGUGGUUAUCUGGUGUAUGGUGUUGCCCAUCAGCAUUCAGGGGGUCUUGGUGCCAAUCUUUAUGGAGAGGAUGGACGCGUCAUAUGUUCUUCAGUGCCGGCUUACGGUACAGGGAAGGAAGCAGGAAAUGAAGCUGGCUACAUUGUAGGGAUGUCGACAUGCUAUCCUCAACCUGGUUCAGUUAAAAUCAAUGAUGGGGAAAUUCUGCUUCUGGAGUCCAAUUAUAGCGGAUCACAAAACCACACUGGUGUUAUGGGGCUUUUCUAUCUUUUGGUAGCAAGGGAGUUGCCAAAGUCCAUGCCUGACUUGCCUUUCGCUGUCCAGAUGCAGUGAAACGCUACUUUGGCCCAUUUUGGAGGAGCAAUACUAGCUCUUCUUGGAGUGGUAAUUGCUAUCACUGUUGGAAUCUCCUUGAAGCGUAGAAAACAAAGAGAGGAGGGUUAUCAGUCCCUUAUGACAUGAACGUGUUUCAGUGAGCUAAGUUAUGUAUUUUGUAUCUCUAUCAGUAAUGUUACGUACUUGUGAACUGUACUUGGACUUAUUUACUGGAGUUAGCAGUUACUUUGCUUUUAAA